UUCCCCUCCGGGCUGCAGAAGGAUCCCAAAACUAACAUCGAAUUAUAAAUCAAGCCAACAUCAUCAAUCCGAAAAGGUGGAGGCGAAGAGACGAAUCCUCCGACCGGACGGAGAUCAAUAGCGUUCCCGGGCCCGCUCCUCCGCCGCCGUUCCUGCCUGCCCCAGUUGGCAAGGCGAUCCCCGUUGGAAUAUGGCGUUGUAAUGGGACGAUUUUGAAGGCGCCGACUUUCUGGCUCGUUUUCUGCUCGACGCCCUGCACCCACUCCCUUCCUGAGACGCUCUCCUCCUUAGUAUUGCAUUAAUGGUAAUGCAUGCGAGGAAACUACCACGUAUUAGCGAUGGGUUCAACGAGAAGCACCAGGCCCACAGCUACGAGAAUUCAAAAUACAGUAGUAAGUACCGCUACAGCAACCAUGAGAAAAACAGGGACUCUCCCUCUACAAAUUCUCUGCGAUCCUCCUCACCAGACUCUCGAUCACAGUCUCCACGCUACCACAAGGCUGCCAACUACUACAAGGUGCGUGAGAAGGAGCGGGAAAGAGACCGUGAGAACCGGGAGAGAGACCGGGACAGAGACAGAGAGAGGGAGCGCGAGCGGGAACGGGAACGCGACCGGGACCGGGACCGAGACAGAGAGAGGGACCGGGAGCGCGAGCGGGACCGAGAACGCGACUACCGAGGAGACUACAGGGACAGAGGUGAGUUGUAUGACAGUCGAUCGCCUAAAGACCGCAGGCGAGAAGUGCGAGACCGUGAUAGAGAGCGGGAGCGCGACAGGGACAGCCGUGGAAACCAUGACCGAAUUAAUUCUGUUCACAAGAAAGAGGAAAAAGAACGUUUGGCGAGGGUGGGGGACUGGUCGGAGCAUGUAAGCUCAUCAGGCAAGAAGUACUACUAUAACUGCCGAACUGAGGUAUCCCAGUGGGAGAAGCCCCCAGAGUGGCUAGAAUGGGAGAGAGCACGUGCCAAGGAGACCUCUAAUAGGUCACAUGACAAGACCUCGAAUAGGCAAGACAAACAUUCCAGUUUAGGGGAGAGUUAUCGGGAAAGUCGGGAUAUCAGGGAUGGCGACCGAGACAGGAAUGACAGGGAUAGGAGAGAAAUGUAUCAUAGUGAAGAUAUGUAUGAUAGAAGAGACUCUAGAAAAUAUGGCCAAGAGGUUGGUGCGGCAGACAUGGACAUUUCUUCAGGUGAUAGCACUCCAACGUCAGAGCACCUCCAUAAUAGGGGCAGUGGUGAGAACAGCCACGAUAUCAGUGGGGCCAAUGUGUCGUUAGCAUCGUCAGGUUUGGUGUCUGCGUCGGGCACCUCAGUAACGUCCACCCACGCAGGCUCGGGCCCUGCACUCCUGAGAACUAAGUUGGGAACCAGUUUAGGGAUGCUGCCCACAUCUCUACCCUCCUCCUUACCCCACCUGGGUAGCAGCACGGCGGCCUCCACCUCUGUCACCAACACCACCACCACCACCUCCUCCCUAGGUAGCAGCAUCCCAACCCUCAGUGGUUCCACGCCCAUGGCUGUGCCGCAGCUCCUUAGCCACCACCCUCGCGUCAUAUCCCUCUCUAGUUCUCUGAACAAGGGCGGUGUUGAUGUGGAUACAGGAAAGACUGUCAACUCAAACAACUCUCAUUCUCAUGAUGGAGAGGGACAUCUAGUGAAAUUACAAUUAGAACCUCUAACAAUAUCAGCAAAUAGUAAUAAUAUAGGUGGAGGUCCUCCCACACCAACACACUCUGAAAACCAAGAUGGCAUUGACAUCAGAAAAGUGGGUAGCCCAAGCAGCAGUAUUAACUCGCUACAGUCAUUGACGCAAACAACAGGAGGGUCAUUGGCAGGAGCAAAACCGUUAGUUCCUGCCCUCACGCCCAGUCUGGCUAACUAUUACAAUGAAACCCUCAUUUCACACGUACAAAACUGGCCAGCAGAGAAUUUAGAAAAACCGGCACAGAGAUUAGCUGAGGAAGCUCAUUCUGUUGGAAGUCUAGUGAUGACGCGGGUAUCUGCCGAGCUCAAGAUGGCACGGUCCCUGGUACGACUGGCAGAGAUACAGGCUACACUCCAUGAACAAAGGAUACUUUUUCUACGUGCUCAGAAGCGAGAACUUGAGGAGAUGAAGGCGCAGAAUUCCUUCAUGAGUGACACAUAGUGUUGGGCUGCCUGUGAUAGCUGCCUGGGUCAGUUGUCUGGAUGUUGACAUGCCUGGGAUUAUUUAUAAAGUGUUAUAUUUUCUUAAUCAUGUACUGGAUGUGUGAACAUUGGUGAAGUCCAAAGUGCAGGGUGUGGCAGUGAGGUGAGGCCCGAGUCCUCCCCUUGUGUGGGUUUUGGGCGAGUGCCAGCACCAGUAUCAUCACAGCAGCCAGUGCAAAGAUGACUGCUGCCACAGGCCAGGGUAACUGCCAGCUCCUCACAGGAUUCACCAACAACCUACCGUCCUGUGUCUGGCCCGGCCUACCCUGGCCACCCUCCACCGAUAACCCCAAUGUCAUCUAUGUUUCUCUGUGAUGAAUGACACAACUAGACACCUCUGAAGGCUGAGCCUGUACACUGAACAGCUCUGCUACGUCACAAUGUAAUACCGGCUAGCCAGAGGCUGGCACUGUAUCACACUCCCUGGGGUCUUGAGAAUCACCCCUUCGAGCAUCAUCUGUCCCGUUCCCCUUCGUCACUCUCACUCUGUGUUCCUUCUUUGCUGGCUGACUUGUCAAGCCCACGUGGAUAUCUGGAAGUCUUGGCAGAGCUCUCCAGCCCAAUAGGUUUGAAAAAAAAAAUAACAAGAAAAAAGAAUUGUUGUCUUAUUGCUUUACACAUUUCACAACAAAACACUAGUGAACCACUCCUCUUACCAGCAUGUCACUACCGGAAGGAUGUCACGGGCGGCUUCCACCAGCUCUAUUCCAGCUUCCGGGGAAUAAGUUGGGCGAAGCGAGCGGGGGUGACUUUUCUGUCGCGGUAGCAGUGGUACACGGAACUUUUACCUAUUUACUAUCAGUAGAUUCUGGAGAGCGUAGUUGAAUUUCUUAACUGCUUUCCGUAAUCAGUUAUCCAAGUGUAAGUCCUGUGAAUGUGUUUUGUGUUCUUGGUGACUGUCACAUGGUCCCCAGGGUUGGAUUUGAGGCAGUGUCUUGAGCAUUUUGAUGCUGACAGACUAAAUGUUAUUUAAGUCAUUGUUUUUGCUGGCUAAUCUGUAUCUCAGACAGUCUUUAAAGUUCCAACUGGGCUGUGAAAAGUUUCAUUGUCAUGUUCUUUACCAGUUGUUGAUAUAUCUUCUUCAGGAGUCAUAUGUUUAACUAAAACUAUAAAUUUGUAGAUAAACCGGGUUAUUAUUAUAGUCACUGUUAUUUUCAUAAUUAUAUAUUAACUUUGUUUCUCUGUAGAAAUUUGGAGGCCAUUGUAGUGACUGUAAAGCAAGCAUUUCAUUGUUUUUUCUUUUUUAUUAUUGUUUUUUCUGUUUUUGUAAUUGAUUCUUUCCACCAACACAGCCUCAUAUUUUUACUUAUUUAUUGGAUUUAAUUUUUGUAGUAGGAAUUGUUUGUUGUUUUUUACAAAGACAGUUUCCAAAAAAUAACAAGGGGCUGAUAUUACUAAGGACAUUUAGAUUUCUUUCAAGCAAUGUGGUUUUCUUUCUUUUUCUUCAUUUAUUUUCCCUUUUUUAUACUGUUUUUUUUUUUUUUUCAACUUGAUUGCACUGUUAAUUAUACUCUGAUCAGUUGACAUGGUAACUAAUUUCUCUUUACAUCCUCUCUUCUUCAGGACUAGAAACAAAAUUAUGGGGAAUUGAUUGAUGAUUGGAAGCCAAACGUCUAAUUUUUAUUUUGUGAAGUGUGAGCCAGCUCAGCGACCACUCCAACCAAAAGCCAAGUAUU